GCAGCUCCCAGGAAGCUUCUGGCUUCUCUCUCCGGCUCCUAAGCGGAGGCGCGACCACAUGAUUCUGGGCACUACCCGUAUCUACUGGCACCGCCCCUCCCAUUGGCCACGGUUCCUGACCAAUGGGAGCUGCUGAGCUGGCGCUGGGGGUAGAGUGCAGAGCCCCAGUAGCCGUCCCAAGAAACCGGCAGCUUCCCCGGAGCCGUGUGGAGCCUGCCUGCAUCACCAACUGGACUUUUAACAGCCGGGUCGGCAGUGCUGACCGGAGCCGCCAGGGUCCCUUUUCGACCGGGCGUUCCGGUCUAAAACCAGACACCUGGCAACCCUAAGCUGGACCCAGUCGGGUGCCCGAGUCCAUCUGCACCCUGCUGCGGUGGCAGGGAGGGGCUGCAGGGCGAGGCAAAUCCUGCUCGCCCUGUGCCAGUGCGGCGCUGGAUGGAAGGAGUCGGUUCAGGGCUCCACCUCGGGGUUAAGUACAGGCCAGAGCCGGCCAGGCCAGGGGCACUUGUGACUCCGAAACAGGGCACUGAGUGACUGGAAGGGGGGGGGGGCUCCCCACCAGGCUCCUCUGAGGGCGCUUACUGCCCCCCCCCCCCGAGAAGCCGCCGCAAGCUCGGCCUGCGCGCGCCCUCGCGGCUCAGGGGCGCGCAUUGGCUCGCUCCCAGGCCUGCAGGGAGCGCGGCUCCUCCCAGAAUGCCCCGCGGAGGCGACCGACCGGCGCUGCUUGGAGACCGUCACUAGGGGCGGGGGGAUGCCGCUGGCUGGUGUCAGGCGGCGGCACGGAGCGGGCGGAGGAUGCGGCGGCGGCGGCUGGAGGAGCGAGGAGCCAUGCAGCGCUGUACGCCGGGGUCCCGACCGCAGAGCAGGCGGAGCGGGGGCGCCUUCACCACCCUCCUGCUGACAGUGUACACGAUUCUCUCUAAGGUGCACUCUGAUCGGAAUGUAUACCCUUCUGCUGGAGUUCUUUUUGUUCAUGUUUUGGAGAGAGAAUACUUUAAGGGGGAGUUUCCUCCUUAUCCAAAGCCUGGUGAGAUAAGUAAUGAUCCUAUAACAUUUAACACCAACUUAAUGGGUUACCCUGACAGACCUGGAUGGCUACGCUACAUUCAGAGGACACCAUACAGUGAUGGAGUGUUGUAUGGAUCACCAACUAUAGAAAAUGUGGGCAAACCAACCAUCAUUGAGAUCACUGCUUAUAACAGGCGCACCUUUGAGACUGCAAGACAUAACUUGAUCAUUAAUAUAAUGUCAGCAGAAGAUUUUCCUUUACCAUAUCAAGCGGAGUUCUUCAUAAAGAACAUGAAUGUAGAAGAAAUGUUAGCAAGUGAGGUUCUUGGAGAUUUUCUUGGAGCAGUGAAAAAUGUGUGGCAACCAGAGCGCUUGAAUGCUAUAAACAUCACCUCAGCUCUAGACAGGGGAGGCAGAGUUCCACUUCCUAUUAAUGAUAUGAAAGAGGGUGUCUAUGUUAUGGUUGGUGCAGAUGUUCCAUUCUCCUCAUGCUUACGAGAAGUGGAAAAUCCACAAAAUCAGCUGAGAUGCAGCCAAGAAAUGGAACCUGUAAUAACGUGUGAUAAAAAAUUUCGUACUCAGUUCAAUAUUGACUGGUGUAAAAUCUCUUUGGUUGAUAAAACAAAACAAGUUUCCACUUAUCAGGAAGUGAUCCGUGGAGAGGGAAUAUUACCUGAUGGUGGAGAGUAUAAACCACCACCUGAUACACUGAAAAGCAAAGACUAUUAUUCGGAUUUCCUAAUUACACUGGCAGUGCCCUCGGCAGUAGCACUGGUGCUUUUUCUAAUACUUGCUUAUAUCAUGUGCUGCCGACGGGAAGGAGUGGAAAAGAGAAACAUGCAAACACCAGAUAUCCAGUUGGUCCACCACAGUGCUAUACAGAAAUCCACCAAAGAGCUUCGUGAGAUGUCCAAAAAUAGAGAGAUAGCAUGGCCUCUUUCAACACUUCCUGUGUUUCACCCAGUUACUGGUGAGAUUAUACCACCUCUUCACACAGACAGCUAUGAUAAUACUAGCAUGCCACUAAUGCAAACACAGCAGAACCUGCCACAUCAGACUCAGAUUCCACAGCAGCAGACUGCAGGAGAAUUUCGUAUGACAACAUUUCAAAGAUUUGAGGUAAAUGGUAUCCCUGAAGAAAGAAAAUUUACAGAAGCAAUUAAUUUGUAAUCAGAUAAUGCAGUAAUCAUGUCUUAUUUCCUUAUUUGUGCAAAUAAUGCAUGUGCUUUUCUGGUGUACAGUGUGCAUGCCCACAGUAUUAAGUUCUUCAGUGCCAGAUUGUACAAUCAUUUCCAUUUAACCAGUGUAUCGUAUCUUUUUUGUACUUUGGACAUUUUUGACAAUUUGUAAAACACUGAUAAUUUUAUAUUUGUUACAUUAAGAAAACUAUCUUUAAAAUAAACAUUAAUAAAUAUCAAA